AUGUUGUCUCGGCUCCCACGAGUUGCCACUCUUCAAGGUAUAGUUAUUCCAAGUGCCUUCCCAGUUCACUUCAGAAGAAAAAUUCGGAAUCUUAGAAUAUUUGUUGAUCUCCUGAUGUUUCUCAUGAGACGCCUGCAUGCGUGAUCGAUUUCGCCCGAUCACGUUUGCAACUGAUAACGAAUAGUGAGCGAAGUAGAGACAAAAGGAAUUUCUGGCUUCAUAAACUAUUAGAAUUUAUGAAGUGUUUCAUAGAAAGAAGUUUUUGAAUCAAGCCAAGUCUACAUGUCUUAUUGGUAACUUUCGAUUAAGAUAAGUUAAUAUUCUUCAUUUAUCACGUUUUUAUGUCGAAAAAGAUAGGCAAGGAGACGGAAAAGUAGAAUGGAAAAAUCUUUUUGCUUAUUUGAGCACGCUUUGUUUAUGAGAAACGGCCAAAGUGGAUGAAAAACGAGGAAAAGAGCCAUUUUUCCAGCUCGAAAUGCCUCGGCCAUCGCUUCUCAGGAGCCGUCGGCGCCUUCGAUGAAAACCGCCGUGCCAGGACCCAAAUCCAAGCAGCUCCGCGAGCAAAUGGACCCCAUUCACGUCGGUUUUUCUUGGUUUUGAAUGAGCUGGGUUGGGAAUGAGUCCUAUUUUUAGGGAAUAAAAAUUAGAAGGAAUGUUCAAAAUUUUAUUUCGACGUUUUUUCUAGGGUCUCUCGAGUGUAAGAUGAAAAAUACUGAUCAUUUUCCUGAAAAGCUAGUUAAAAAAACUUUUUCCUUUGAGUAGUGCCGUUCUGAGAAAAAAAAAUUUGAGAAGCGUUUUUUUUCAAAAGAGAAGCUCAAUCUUCACCUUCAAAACUUUCCCAACUUUAAAUUCAAAAGAAAAGAAAGGGUUCUCUCAGCCAAAUUUGAAAAGAAAAAGUUUUAAUGGAAUUUUUUUCAAAGGAAUGUUUAAAGAGGUACUAUGAAAAAAAUAAUGUUUUUUUCGACUUUCUGAAUUUCUGGUGGGAAUUUUUUUCAAAAAGUGAAGAAAUUUUCGAUUGAUCAAGUUUUUUUAGAAAAAAAUUAAAAAGUUCUGCUGAGUCUCAGAAAAAUCAAAAGAAAAUCUUGAGUAUUAGAGCCUCACUGCCAGGAGGUGUAUCUAUAAUUUGAGUCAAGAAUUUGAAAAUUGAGCUUAUUCCCUGCUUAAUCCUCUGAUAGUGUUUAUGUGGUGUGGUGCAAUGUUGCGCGUCCUUCUGUCGAAUUGAGCCAAGGUCGAGAGCCGCGAUAUCGGUUGUUACAACGAGAGGCGACACCAAUUGUCCAAUGAGCAUUUGAACUCUGGGUGAUAUGCUGCGAAUUCGAAAACUGGGAGAUGUCUGGGGGGGAUUAAUGGGACCUCGAAAUGAUGCCCUGGAGGGGAUAGAGUGAAUUGAAUGAGAUUGGCAAAAGUAUGAGAAUUUCUUAAGAAUUUGAAAAAAAAGAGGAAGCUGAGAAAAAAGAAGCUUCUACACUAGUUUUUUUGAUGGUGCAUUUUUUUCGCUCAUUAAACUAAAAUUUUUAUAUAUAAAAAUUGCCAAAACUUCUUGACUCUCAAAAUAAAAAAAUGAAUAAAACUUCAUAUCAAUUCUGAUUUUGCCGAAAGUGUUAGGAGGUUUAUGCAGUCUUGAAAGUGAUUCCGCAAAAUUCAAAUAAGCCGUUGGAGAGUGAAAAAGAUAACGAAACUUUGGAGGGUCAGAGAUCAUUUUGAACUUUGCGGAAAUUACUUUGGUCGCGGCGUUUAUAAAUUUUUUUAAACCGCCCUUAUAAUCUGCAGAUAGAGAUGGAUUUAGUUUCAAAUCUAGAAACAUCUUCACAUAUCGAAUUCAAAUCAAAAUCAAUGAAAAUUGAAGAAAAAAUAGUCUUUUAAGUUUAUGUCUUAUUGUCUCCCUCGCAGACAUUUCUCAAAUAAUGUAUAUUUUUUUCAAAUUUUUCAAUUAAAAAAACACCAUUCCAGGUUUUUGAAAUACUUGGAAGUAAUAUAAAUGAACUUACGGUUUCAACCUUCGAGUAAAAAAAAGAUUAACAUUUAUGGGGAUUCUAUUGCAAGGGUAAUUAUGUUAAUUUCAGCAAACGGCAUCUGUGCGGAUGUUCGUCGACUUCGAGAAGUCGUUCGGAAAUUACAUCGUCGACGCAGAUGGUGAUUCCUCAUCGAGGAAAUAGAUUGACGUCUUUUUCUUCUCAGGAAACACGAUGCUCGACAUUUACACCCAAAUUUCCUCGCUUCCGCUUGGAUAUAACCAUCCUGAUCUGGUGAAGGCCGCUGCUGAUCCCAAGUUUAUCGUGAGUUGUGAAUAAUAUUUUUAAUUGUUUAAAAAAAUUCUUGUUAAUCUUCGUUCAAAUAUAAUUUUUUUGUAUGUUUCCUGAUUCGUUCAAAAUUAAUCUAACAAGUUUUUUUAAAAUAAGGAUAUACAAAAAAAUGAGAAUUUUGUCGUUACUUCCAAUUUGACAAUUGAAUAUAAGUUUAUUAUAAGUAGUAAUAAAAAAAAUUUUUAGUAGGAAACUAAAAAAAGCAGGAAUUUUUUUCGAAAUUUUUUUGUUGGUCUUUUCAUCUUCAAAUCUGGCCGCUGGUCCGAGUUUAUUAUAAGUUGCAAUUAUUUUUUUGAAAAAAACUUAGAAUUCUCAUUUUUUUCUGAACUGUUUCGUUCUUCUUUAUUUUUUUUUGUGCUCUGAUCUUUUUAUAGCUUUUUUUUAAACUUUUGUUUUUGAUCUGAAAAAGCAUUCUUCAAUUUUUUCUUUUUCAACAAGUACAUAUAAAACGAAAAACUAUCAUUUUUCGCUACUUCAACUUCUCUUUAACAGACCUCCUUGGUGUCGAGACCGGCGUUGGGCUCCUUCCCACGAACGGACUUCCCUUCAGGAAUCAGCCACGCCCUCACUUCCAUCGCUCCAAAAGGACUCAAGGUAAAGCCAAUUUUUUUAUGAGAAAAUAAAUAUUUAUGUAUACUUCCAGGCCGUUCAAACGAUGCUCUGCGGCACUUCGGCCAAUGAAAACGCCAUCAAACAGGCUUUCAUUUGGUAUCGUUUUUUUUUUUUCAGAGUAUUUUUUGAAGAUACCAUCUAUUCGGAGUCUUUUAACCUUAAUUUUCGAGAGUCAGAGCUUAAUAUUUUAUUUAUAAAGCCCUUCCUAUUAUUUUCUAGAGUUAAUUUCAACAUUGUGAGUCUAUUUUCUUGAAUAGUUUUGAUUUGAGCUCAGUAUUCUGAAAGUAGUUUGAAUUUUAGGUCAGUUUUUGUCAAGUAUUAUUAAAUUUAGGAUGAUUUUUUUAGAUGUUUUUUUCCUGAUUGGUCAGAACUUCAUAGUUUCUUUUUUCGAUUUUUCCAGUUCAGGGUAUUUUUCUCGAGUAAUUCCUUUUUCAAUUAGACUCUCCCAAAAUUCUUUCCUUGCAUUGCUCUCCGUUUUCAAGCCUAGUGAAGCCAAACAAAGGGUUUUUUUUGCGGAAACUAAACUUCUUAUAUCUCCCGACCCACAAGCUCCACUAGGAAAACCGCGUAUCAAUUAAAUUUCCUUGAAAAGUGCGUUUUUCAAACUUUUCUCAGUAUCCAGUGUAUAUCACAUAAUGAAUUAAUAGGUACAUGGCACAGCGACGCGGUGGCGCCCCUCCAGACGCGGCUCAUCUCGAAAGUUGCAUGGUUCAACAGAAGCCUGGAACGCCCAGUCUUUCCGUUCUGGGUUUCCAGGUUGAUGCUCAAAUUUUUCAGAAAACUUCAACUGAAUUUUCACUUUCAGGGAUCUUUCCACGGCCGCUCCUUGUGCAUGCUUUCCGUCACCCGCAGCAAGGCUAUUCAUAAGGUUUUUUUUUCAGAAUUUUUGAGAAAUUAGUUGCGAAGAAAUCGUUUAUGUUUCUUAAUAAGAAUUUGAUUCAUGGAAAUUGCAAUUUUAUCGUUUUUUUCAAAUUUUUUUCAAAAAAAGCGUCAAUUUUUUUCUUUUUAAAACCUUUUUUUCAUUUCUUAUAAAAUUUUGAGGUGGAGAAAAAAAGUUGAAGAUUUCAGGUCAAAAGGCAUUUUAUGAGAAUUUUUAGAAUAUGAAUUAGGAGAAUUUUUUUACAGUCAUAACUAUGAAAAAUAUGAAAAUAUAAGCUUUUUUUCUGAUAAUUCCCUUGAUCAUUUUGAUGAUUUUAUAGACCUCUCUAUUCUCUUGACAUUCGAUGAAAAAAUCAACGACUUCAGGUCGACAUCCCCGCUUUGGACUGGCCGAUCGCCAAGUUCCCUCGCUACAAGUACCCACUUAAGGACAACAAGGAGUACAACGACGCCCAGGACCGCGAGUGUCUGAAAGACGUCGAGGAGAAGAUCCAGGAGUGGAAGAAGAAGGCAAAUUCUGACUUUUUAAAAUUAUAUUCUUCUCCCUGAACAAUCUAGCGCAACUAGCUUAGGAAGGGGGUUCCGGUCCCUAUAAGACUUGAGAAGAAACAUCUCUCUUCAAUUCCAUUCGAGCCUUGACGUCUUCAGGACAACGACGUCGCGGCAAUCAUCGUCGAGCCGAUCCAGGCCGAGGGCGGCGAUCACUACGGCAGUCCUCAGUUCUUCCAAGGCCUCCGCGACAUCACCAAGAAGAACGGCGUCGUGUUCAUCGUCGACGAGGUUCAGACGGGAGGCGGAGCCACCGGAGACGUCUGGGCCCACGCCCAUUGGAACCUCUCCUCGCCGCCGGAUAUCGUCACCUUCUCGAAGAAGCUUCUCACCGGUGGAUACUACUACGCUGACCAUCUCAAGGUCAAGGAGGUGGGUCGCGAAUUUCGCCAUGGUGACCAAAUUAUCUAAAAAAAUAUUUUAAUAAUUUCAAAGUGGUGUGUCUGGUUUCUGCCAAGAAGGUGAAAAAAUCUCAAAUAAUUUUUUUUUUCAUUAAAAAAGUAGGACAGAUUCUCAUUUGCAUACGGUUUUUUUGGUAUUAAUUAAUAUAUUUAUAUUAAGGUCAGAUAUAACCAAGUCCCCCAUCUCAAAGUCGAGAAGGCGUGUUUAAGCAUGUAAAAAAUCUUGGUUUCUUUCAUUUUACACCUUUCUCAAGAAUUUUUCAAUAGAAGGAAAACGAUGACUAACCCUUUUGAAGUACUUCUCAACGGUAUUGUAUGCGAAAUUCCUGACCCUUUUUACUUCAAAAAAACUCAAUGAUUUUUUUAUGUUUAGGGUCUCUAUAGCUGAUGAAAAACUAGCUUUUGAAAGUUUUGAUCGUAAGGAGUUCAAGUUUAUCAUUCGAUAGAGCUUCCAAAAAUAAUUUCGAACGAGGAUUUUCGAGUAAUUAAAACCACUAAUUAGAGUUGUUUCCCCCUAUUUUCUUCCAUAAAAUAAUUUGAAACGGAAAUUGAGGAAUAAUUUAAGGGCUACCGAAUCUACAACACGUGGUGCGGUGACCCGACGAAGCUUUACCUGUUGGAAAAAGUCGUCGAAGUGAUUCAGAGGGACAAUCUCAUCGAGAAGACCAAGUCGGUCGGCGAAAAGUUCCAGAAGGCUCUCGCCGAGCUUCAGGUAUACUUUUAGAGCUUAAAAAGGGAUUCACGGUUUGAAUAUCUUCAGGCGUCGCACAGCUCCAAAUUGUCGCAGGCGCGUGGUCGAGGAACUUUCGCCGCCAUCGAUUUGCCGACUUCUGCUCUCAGGGACAAGCUUGUCGAUACUGUGAGUUUUUAGAAGUGUCCAAGAAAAGUUGAGGAUUAACUACAACUUUUGAUUUAAAAAAUGGCCCCCAAGACCAUAUAGCUGAUUCACGGCUGGCUUGAGCCAUUUGAAAAGGUCUUACCACGACAAAAAUCGCGCUUUUUUGGUAGAGGGCACAGACAGACCCAAGCUACUUGAUUCAUGAUUAAAAAAAAACCCCUUGAGAAAACAUUUUGAGGCGGAAAAGUGGCCUAAAUUCGGCCUGCACUUAGAUCUGCAAAAAGAUGAAGCUUUUGAAUUUUACGGUUGCAAAAUGAAGUUCCAUUGUACUUUAUCCUGAAAAGGAUCUUCUAGAGAGCUUUUUGAGAACUUUCAGAAUAUUCGCUGCAGGUCAGUUGCAACUUGAUGACAAAUAAAAAAAAUAUGAAAAAAAUUUUGAAAAAAAUGAGCGAAUAAAAAAAUUUCCGACUGUUUUUAGAUCCCUGUAUCAAAAAUAACUACUUUUUUUGAGUAUUCCGAUUUAUUUAAUUUAUUCUGUUUUUUUCUCUGGUGUGCGAAACAAUACCCCAAAGAAAAAUUUUUUUAGAAGUGUUCUUUUCCGGCGGUAAACAGACUCUCUAGUUUGACGGUUCAGCUUCAAAAUGAUAAUAAAUCUAAAAUAUUAUUGUCAUUCGAAAGAUUUCAUAGCUUUAAUGAAUGAACAGGUCCGUAAAGAGGUUCGCUUCGUAGAAAACUCAAAAAUAUAUUAUUUUUUUCAAAAUUUUCAGGCGAUCGCCAACGGUCUCCACUGCGGCGGCUGCGGCGACAAGACGUUGAGAUUCCGUCCGGCGUUGAUUUUCGGCGAGAAACAUCUCGAAAUCGCCUUCGACAUCCUCGACAAAUCCGUCAAGCAAAUCUAA